UUUGUAUAAAGGACUCUUUAAAACAGUGUGCUGGUGAACUGUGCACCCUGAUUCUGAAGUUGAGCUGAAGUCCAUUUAGCUGAAAUUCUGAAAAUUCCUCCUGGGUUUCACCACAUUCUCUCAAGGGUUCCAUCAUUAGUAUCUUAAUAUUACUUUUUUGCUAAUUUCCCAGUCCUCCAGGCCCUUAUCUAAGGGGCUGAUCCUGCAAGACCUUACUAAGGCCCACCACCCACUGAAUUCAGUGGCACUAUUUCCUUAAUGCAGAAUCAAAGGUCCAUCGUGCUUACUAACCAAUAGCAUCUGACUACCCACAUCCAUAAGUAACCAGUUCAGCCCUUUAAAACUGCUCCAUGUUAGAGAGAUCUGCAGUAUUCUCAUGUAGUUAGUUACUCUCUAUUCCAGCUCCGCCUUCAGAUGUGGUUGGGGGGGUGGAAUGUUUCAAACAGUUGCUAUGGUCACACAGUAGCAUGCGGAGCUGCCGGAGUAGCUGAGAACCUGCUGCAUCAGCUGCUACAUGUUUCAGGUCUAAUUGAGACAGACUGGAUUUGGACAAUGAAGUCCAGCCUAAUGCAUUUGAUUCCUCCAGUGAGUAGGGACAGAAUAAUCUCCCACUUCCCCAAGUGGUAUACGCCAGAGGCCUGUCUCCAGUUCAAAGACCACUUCCAUGCACUGGUCAGGAGUGCCUGUCAGCAACGCAACACUGGGACAGUUGGGCUGAAAAUAUCCAAAGUGGUUGUGGUAGGAGACCUCUAUGUUGGGAAAACCAGCCUCAUCAACAGGUUUUGUAAAGAUAUUUUUGACCGAGACUACAAGGCAACCAUUGGAGUGGAUUUUGAAAUUGAACGGUUUGAAAUAGCUGGAGUGCCAUAUAGUCUCCAGAUAUGGGACACAGCAGGUCAGGAAAAGUUCAAGUGCAUUGCAUCUGCUUACUACAGAGGAGCAGAGGUUAUUAUAACAGUGUUUGAUCUGGCUGAUAUCCAGACUUUGGAACACACGAAGCAGUGGCUAGAGGAUGCAUUGAGGGAGAAUGAGCCAGGGUCCAGCUUCAUCUUUCUGGUUGGAACAAAAAAAGAUUUAGUGUCAGGUGCCGCAUGUGAGCAGACAGAACUGGAUGCCAUUCGCUUUGCCAAUGAGAUGCAGGCUGAAUACUGGUCUGUCUCAGCAAAAACAGGGGAAAAUGUAAAGGAGUUUUUUUCUCGAGUUGCUGCCUUGGCCUUUGAACAGUCUAUGCUGAAGGAGCUGGAGAAGAGCAAUGGUCGCAUGGCCCAGAUUGGGGCAGGAAACCUCAUCAAAAUAGAAGGAAAUUCACUGGAGACUCCAGAAAGCAACAGCCAAGCCAGCCUGAACUGCUGCUAGCUUCCAGUCAUUUCUGCAAGCAUCACACCUCCAUCUGCAUGUGCGUACACCUGCAUGGCGCAUCUGCAGCAGGGAAAGCUCUCAAGCAGCUUCCAGUUGAGAGAUGAAAAGUCAGUUUAUUUCAGGAAAGAAUGGAGGAGCUGAAAAUGAUUCAAGCAACUUCCCUUCAGACAGAUGAUCUCUCUCCCACCCCUUGCUUUGUGCUCUCCUUGUGCAGGCGGCACAAUGGUACAUAAACCUUCCCUGUGCAAUGGGGAGAUUGCUUGUGUGAUCACCUGAGGGAUGGCAAGCUGUCUUUACUCAAGGAGAUGGAAUCAACCGACCUUUUCCGCCUACUACCAGGAGGACCUGUAAAAAAAUGUUCUGUACUUGUUUUAUUUCUUGGUAGCCACCAGAACUCUAGAAUCUUGGACAGUGAAGUCCUGGCCCCAUUCUUGUGGAAGCAGAAAACACAUGGCAGUGCUGAUUAUUGUGGUGUAUUUGAUCUGUUUUGUCUUUUAAACACAACAUCCUUGUACAAAAUUAUGCUGACUUGCACUCAAGCACACCCAGUUUACCAUGAUAGCGCUGAGAGAAAAAUUCCUCUUGUUUCUGGGAUCAGGAUAUCUGGUUUCAGGAUAUCUGUCGAUCCGUUGUAAUUUUUAAGUCUAUACAUAUUCUUCUUCCAAUGGAUGCAGACCAGAAUUCCACUCAAGUGUGUGUGUGACCAGUGUGCUGGAGUAGUACUCGUCAGAGUGACAAACAUGCCUUGAGACUCCUCAUGGCUCCUCCUAAGGCUAUAUAAGGCUGAUGCCACCCUGACCCCCCGCAGUCCCUUCUUAUCACUCAUGGCCUGAGUCGCAACUUCCCAUGUGGUUCUCCUCAUGUUUUUUUUUCUGCUACAUAGUUAGCUCUUAACUUCAUUAAAUCUGUAAAUAGCUAUCAGUAUAAAAUAUUGCUCAGGCAUGCAGGAGUGAAAUCAGGAAGGCCAAAUCACACUUGGAGUUGCAGCUAGCAAGAGAUGUUAAGAGUAACAAGAAGGGUUUCUUCAGGUAUGUUAGCAACAAGAAGAAAGUCAAGGAAAGUGUGGGCCCCUUACUGAAUGAGGGAGGCAACCUAGUGAUAGAGGAUGUGGAAAAAGUUAAUAUACUCAAUGCUUUUUUUGCCUCUGUCUUCACGAACAAGGUCAGCUCCCAGACUACUGCACUUGGCAGCACAGCAUGGGGAGGAGGUGACCAGCCCUCUGUGGAGAAAGUAGUAGUUCAGGACUAUUUAGAAAAGCUGGACGAGCACAGGUCCAUGGGGCCGGAUACGCUGCAUCCAAGGGGCUAAAGGAGUUAGCGGAUGUGAUUGCAGAGCCAUUGACCAUUAUCUUUGAAAACUCAUGGCGAUCGGAGGAGGUCCUGGAUGACUGGAAAAAGGCUAAUGUAGUGCCCAUCUUUAAAAAAGGGCAAAAGGAGGAUCCGGGGAGCUACAGGCCAGUCAGCCUCACCUCAGUCCCUGGAAAAAUCAUGGGGCAGGUCCUCAAGGAAUCAAUUCUGAUGCACUUAGAGGAGAGGAAAGUGAUCAAGAACAGUCAGCAUGGAUUCACCAAGGGCAAGUCAUGCCUGACUAACCCAAUUGCCUUCUAUGAUGAGAUAACUGGCUCUGUGGAUGAGGGGAAAGCAGUGGAUAUGUUAUUCCUUGACUUUAGCAAAGCUUUUGGUACAGUCUCCCAUAGUAUGCUUGCCGGCAAGUUAAAGAAGCAUGAGCAUAUGAAUGGACUAUAAAGUGGAUAGAAAGCUGGCUAGAUCAUCGGGCUCAACGGGUAGUGAUCAAUGGCUCCAUGUCUAGUUGGCAGCUGGUAUCAAGCGGAGUGCCCCAAGGUUCGGUCCUGGGGCUGGUUUUGUUCAAUAUCUUCAUUAAUGAUCUGGAGGAUGGUGUGGACUGCACCCUCACCAAGUUUGCAGAUGACACUGAACUGGGAGAAGUGGUAGAUACGUUGGAGGGUAGGAAUAGGAUACAGAGGGACCUAGACAAAUUAGAGGAUUGGACCAAAAGAAAUCUGAUGAGGUUCAACAAGGACAAGUGUAGAGUCCUGCACUUAGGACAAAAGAAUCCAUUGCAAUGCUACAGACUAGGACCGAGUGGGUAGGCAGCAGUUCUGCAGAAAAGGACGUAGGGGUUACAGUGGACGAGAAGCUGGAUAUGAGUCAGCAGUGUGCCCUUGUUGCCAAGAAGGCUAACGGCAUUUUCAGCUGUACAAGUAGGGGCAUUGCCAGCAGAUCGAGGGAUGUGAUCGUUCCCCUCUAUUCGGCAUUGGUGAGGCCUCAUCUUGAGUAAUGUGUCCAGUUUUGGGCCCCACACUACAAGAAGGCUAUGGAAAAAUUGGAAAGAGUCCAGCAGAGGGCAACAAAAAUGAUUAGGGGGCUGGAGCACAUGACUUAUGAGGAGAGGCUGAGGGAACUGGGAUUGUUUAGUCUGCAGAAGAGAAGAAUAAGGGGGGAUUUGAUAGCUGCUUUCAACUACCUGAAAGGGGAUUCCAAAGAGGAUGGAUCUAGACUGUUCUCCGUGGUACCAGAUGACAGAACAAGGAGUAAUGGUCUCAAGUUGCAGUGGGGGAGGUUUAGGUUGGAUAUUAGGAAAAUCUUUUUCACUAGGAGGGUGGUGAAGCACUGGAAUGGGUUACCUAGGGAGAUGGUGGAAUUUCCUUCCUUAGAGGUUUGUCAGGCUUGACAAAGCCCUGUCUGGGAUGAUUUAGUUGGGGAUUGGUCCUGCUUUGAGCACGGGGUUGGACUAGAUGACCUCCUGAGGUCCCUUCCAACCCUGAUAUUCUAUGAUCGUAUGCUUGCCCAGGGAUUCAAGUGUCUUUUACUCUCAGCUGUCUCCAAACUCCCUGGUAAUCUUGGCUGCCAUUGAGAAGUCAAGGCAAGAAAGGUUCAUGUCAACACCCAAAGAAAGAGAACUGAAAAGAAUGAGUGCCUUGGGCAGAAAGAUUUAUUCUAAGUCAUUUCUCCAAAUGCAAAUAGCUAAUCAACAGGUGCUGUUAGCUAAGUAUGAUUUUUCAUACCUGGGAGGCUUGUCAAAAUUUAUAAAUAAACUCCCUGAAGACUCCCAGGAAGAGUUCAAAGCCUUUUUGGCAGAGGGCCAUCUGGUCACAAAGACAUCUCUUCAGUCUACCUUGGAUGUUGCAGAUGGUUCCUCUGGAACAAUGGCCUCUGCAAUGAGAAGAGUUUCAUGACUAUAUAACUCUGGGAUAGCCCGCAACAUACAACAGUAUAGAAGACCUUCCCUUUGGGCAUUUUCUAUUUUCAGAUAAAAUUGAUGAAAUAUUGCACUCAUUUAAAAGACCUUCAAGCAACCCUCUGCUUCUUAAAGAGUUUAUGUCCCAGUGUCCAAGAAAAGAGACACAACUCCCUGCAUACCUAGUACUCCUAGCAGUACUAUAGAAAUCCUUUCUACCACCCAGGCAAGUUGACAUGCUGAAAAGUACGCAUAGACCUCAGAGAAGAAGGUCCACUAGCUCAGACUCCAUCCAGCAGGCCCAUUCUCAGACAUCUGCAAGGAAAAUCUGCCUUUUGACUUUUCCAAUGAGGACAGCAACCUAGUUAUUCACAACCCACACACUAUUGUCUCUCCAUUUGGGAGCAAACUAUCUCGCUUUCUGGAUAAUGACAGACAAGUGGUCCCUAAGUACCUUGAGACUGAGAUAGUCAAUCCAAUUCCUUUCCAUUCCCCCUUCCCCGUCCUUUUUCAGGUACCCAACUCAUGAGCCUCUGCUCCUUCAAAAGGUCCAGAUGCUGCUUGCUGUAAGGGCUGUGGAAGAAAUUCCCAUACAGUUUCAAGGAAAGGGGUUUUAUUUGGACAUUUUCUAAUUCCCAAGUCCAAGUGUUGUCUAAGGUCCAUUUUGAACCUUUACGGUCUCAACAAGCUCACUAAAUAAGUGAGAUUCUACAUGGUUUCCCUGACAUCUAUCCUCCCCCCUCAGAAUUGGAACAAUUUGUUUGCUGUCCUCAAUCUUUGCAAUGCUUACUUCCACAUCACAAUGAUACCAAGUCAUAGGAAGUUCCUCAGAUUUAUGGUAGUGAGGAGACACCAUCAAUAUACCGUUCUUCCCUUUGGCCUAUUGUCAGCUCCUCAUGUGUUUAUGAAAUGCAUAGCAGAGGUGUCAGUAUUCUUGAGAAGGAUUGGGAUACAUAUCUUUCCUUACUAGAUGAUUGGCUCAUCCAGGGCACAUCACUCUGUGAGGUCCUCAAUCAGCUUCAAUUCAUUCUCCAUCUCUUUGACUGGCUAAGGCUCAUGCUGAACAAAGAGAAGUCCACAUUAGUGCCCAUGAAGAGGCUGAAAUUCAUUGGGGCUCUGCUUGACUCUAUGGUAGUGAGGGCCUUUCUUCCUUGAGAGGUUUCGACCAUUUACAGUGUUUGUGUGUCCGUCAGGUGUCACCUGUCCACUAUGGCCAGAGCAUGUCUCACAUUGGUACGUCACAUGGCUCCAUGUGUGUAUGUGACCAUGCAUUCCAGACUGCAUUUUCAUCCUCUACAUACAAACAUGGCUAAAGUUGGUUUACCAACCAAGCAGACAUCUGGACAAGUUAGUCCAAGUUCCUCCUGUAGUCUUACUCUGGAGUAGUGAAUGGACUAGGACAUUGUAUGUGCGGGGAAUCCCUUUUCUUGUUCCCUUCCAACUAGGACAGUUAUAACUGAUACUUCUACAUUAGGCUGGGAUGCUCACCUGGGUGGUUCAUGGGGGCCCAAGGGAUAUGGACAUACAAGGAAGAGAGGCUUCAUAACGUUCCAAGAGGUUUUACGUAACAGAAGGAAACACUCAACUAAUUCCACCUAUUCAGCUAAGUGGAAGUGUUCUUCACUUUUGACUUCUGCUCAAGGGAUUCAGUCAAUAAGGGUGAGUGUCCAGGACAAAUCUUCUAGCCCUUUCUUAAAUUCAGUGAAGCUUCACCUAGCAGCCAUUUCUGCCACUCAGGGAAGAACAGUGUUUUCCAAUCCUAUGGCUACAAAGUUUCUCAAGUAAAUUACUUGUCUGUUUCCACCUGUAAAAGCAUCAGUUCACCUUAACACAGUGUUAGCCACUCUCAUGGAAAAACCUCCAUUUGAACCUUUUGGCUAUUUGCUCCUGGGCACAUUUGUCCUGGAAGAUGACCUUCCUUAUCGCCAUCACAUCUGUGAGGAGAGCUGGCAAAUUGCAAGCAUUAGCGGUAGACCCUCCGUACACUCAUUUUUUAAGGACAAGAUGGCUCACCCAAAGUUUUUAAAGUAGUGUCAACCUUCCACCUUAAUAAGAUUCUAUACCUAGGUCCUGUGUUCUUUCUGAACCUGCAUGCCAGUUGGGAAGAAGAGUGUUUUACAUAUCUUGGAUGUAAGACUGGCAUUGGUCUUUUUCAUAGACAGAGGUAAUUGUUUAGAUCUUCUCCUUGACUUUUUGUUUAUUAUGAGGAUAGGAUGAAGGGCCAAGUGGUCUCGAACCAGACAGUCCGUAGAUGGGUAGCUUCUCUCAAUGAUGUACCUGUUGUGGACACUUAGAAGGCUGCUGCCUGGUCCUACAUAUAUACGUAUGUACGUACGUACAUACAUUCACUUGUCACUAUGCGAUUGCAGCAGCUUCAAGGGAAGAUGCGAACUUUAGCAAGGUCACUGUUCAAAUAGAGUCCAAGCCUUGCCAUCUAUGAUACUGCUUGUGAGUCACCUGAAGGGAAUACACAUUUGCAUCCACUCGAAUAAGAAAGAACAGUUACUUACCUGUAUUGUAACUGUUUUUCCUUCGAGAUGUGGGUGCAAAUGUGUAUUCCAUAACCAACCUGUCAUCCCCUCUGCAUCAGAGUUUUAGGCCACUGGCUGGUGCAAAGGAGCUGAGGUAGAUGGGGGCAGCAGCAUCCUUAUGUAGCCUCAGGAGGGGUCGUAAGGAAGCACAGGCCAUGUGCAUCACCUCAACAGGUAUUGCUGCGGAAAACAUGUCUGGCUCCGGCAUGUUGAGCGCGGGGACACACACACACACACACACACACACACACGCACACACUCUCUACCUCUGAAUUGACUACAUUUCUGCAUCCACAUCUCUAAGAACACCAGUUACAAGUAAGUAAUUGUUCUUUUCCUGUUUAAUGAGUUAGGGUCUGAGACCAUUUUUACAUUUUGCUUUUAUCAUUUUUUUUUAAAGCAUAUCAUGUCUGCUGAAAGAAGACCUUAAUCCUGCUCCCCUCUACUUCCUUUACUUCUCUGUAGAGUGGGUGGCAGAUCUUUCCUCGUGCCAUCAGAAUCUGGUCCUAUGGAUACAACUUCAGGGUAAAAAUCAAAAAGGGAGAUUCUAUUGAAUGGAGGAAGCUGUGAAAUUAUGUAAUAGGUACAGUAAAGGAGAACACACAAACACUGAUAGGAAAGGAAGUUUAUGAGGUUAUAGCAAUAUUCUGAUAAUGAUUUUUUAUUGAUCUAGCGUCACUGUUUCUGCCUUUGACAUUUCAGGUGGGCAAAACCAGAACCUAGGAUCCAAAUAUUCCGAAACUUUGUGGAAGUCCAGAUCUGAAGUUUCCAGUUUAAUUCCAUCUCUGUUUAACAUUUCAAAGGCUUGAUUCUUCUUGGCCUUGUGCUUUAUGUAGUCAUAUGCAUCUGUGUAAAAUAGUACCAGCUCUUUAUAUAUAACCAGAAUAUUAUAAUUUUUCACUCUUUGUGCAUGUGUGAAUGGCAACAGAAAGUGCAAGGCACAGGAAAAUCAGAUUCCAUGUAUUCUGUAAUUCCAAGAGGAAGUGGGUAUACACUUUCCCCUUUACUUGUUUUUUAUAGAUUCCAUCUACGCUACAAGUCUAACCAGUCACAGCUAGUAUAAAUGACAUGUUCUAAUGUCUCUUUUUGUUCAUAAUAUAGAUGGGACAUGUUUUUUUGAAGCAUGUUACAGUCGAAGUAGUGAACUUGGUCACCCCUCUCCAUGCUAGAUAACUGUGAGCUGGUAAGGUUAGAUGCUACAGUGUGGCUGGGCAUAUAAUUAGUUUGACGGCCCUCACUGGAGAAAGUGUUUCAAUCCCUUGAUGCUAGUGGUAGAGAAGCAUUUUUGUCCUUCUUUUCAUAUUACUUUUACCAAAAUGGUGUGUGUUAUGUGUACUUGCACUCUUUCUACAUAGAAAGAGAGAGUGAGAGUUUUCCAAUACAGAAACCCUAACGUGCUUGCUGUGUGCAGGUCUCUUAAUUGAAUGGCUGUUGCAGAACAAGCACUCUCUACGUGAUUGCUGCAGCCUGGUGAGCUUGUCGGGUCAUGCACUUUCCCUAGUUCCCUCUAUUAUUCCAAGAGUCAAAUGCCCUUCUGCCCUACCCCUAUAAGUUUGAUUCUUUAGGAGCUAGGAUGAUCAUGUGUUAAAACAAGGCCGAUGUAACACGGAAUAGAUUGAAUGAAAUUCAGAUAAAUUAGGAAAUAGAGUGGAGCAACUCUGUGUUGGAGAGUCUUCUGCUGUGUGGGCAGCCCUGACUUGGUGUCAUAGGGACUCCUGUUUAAACCUUGUUAGUUGUCCCUGCUGAUUUAAAUGGCACGGUAUUGUCAGAAAUAACUGAAAUACAUACCUGCUGGAUGAGUAUUUGUGAGACCGCUUUUCUAUGCAUGAUUGUUUUUUGUAAAUCUCUGAUCAGAUUGGUUUUGCUUAUUGAACUUCAGUGUAUACUGCAAAAGUACAAGGCAAACUUCAAGAAAUAACACCCAAGGGUAUGUUCAAAGAAACUAGCUGAUAUCUAUGGUCAUACAUCGACAUAAAGAAAUGGACUAAGAAUAAUACACUACAUUAUUCUUACACUCUUCUUUACUGGAACAAAUUUUAGACAGGAAGAAGGAAUUUAAACAAGGCAAUCUCUCACUGAUUUGUAACAUUCAAAGUCCUGUACCUAAUAGGCAGUAUUCCCCCAACAUAAAAGAGGUAUUGUAAAUCUUUCACCAACAUGAAAUCAGGAAAACUCAGAGCCAUAAAAAACUACUAUAAACAUUCUGAGUCAAUUAACGAAUCACCCUCAAGAAUCAAACCAAGGCAUCAGACCACCAUUCAAGAAAGCUUGUUCACCAAUAAUUUGAUGUCCACAAAGCCCUGGAGCCAAUGGAAUCACUCUGAAUUUACAUCAGCAUAAGUGAGAGCAGAAUGUUUCCAUAAGGUCCAGUAUACUCCUAGUACAAUGUUUUGGAGGGAAAGAAAACAGAAGACCGUAGGACACUUACUAAUUAUUAACCCCAUUAUGUAGUCACUACACAUGCAUCAGUAAACAGGCUGAAUGUAAGAAUGUAAGAAUCUAAUUGAAUCCUAACGCCUCAAAACGUACCAAGGAAAAUAACAGAGAGACUUUUGGUAAUAUAAAAAAUAACCAGACACAAUGGGCCUGAUUCUCAGUUAUUCCAUUCCUGCAUUUAGAUAGGGAUGGGGGCGAAAAUGAGGAGAAAUGUGGCUUAAAACUGCCUUUGUAUUUCCCAUAUACUGUUUUGCUCACAACGUAAAUUAGAACAGUCUUGUGGAAUUGUAUGUAUGCAACUUCUCUUGGGACUUGUUUGUCUUCCUUUCAUCUUCAAACAAGGCUGUUAUUGGCAACCAUGCCAGUCCUGUUGGCACAGAAAAUGAGUGCACCAUUUGGUGGAGGAGGUGAAUAUGUGUGCCUGUGUAGUUAUCGAUCCAAAUAUGUCAUGUUUUGACCUUAUAUUCCAUGUAGUUGUUUAUCUCUCAAAACUGUUUCAUGACGAUGACUAAUAAAUGCUCCCUUAAACCAGGGGUCGGCAACCUUUCAGAA